AUGAUAAUUACAUACAUGUAUAAUGUACAUACAACAUCGGGUGUAGUGAGGGGUCAGACAAUACAUGUGCUCAACACAAGUAUUGACCAGUUUUUGGGUAUACCUUAUGCCGAACCACCCGUCGGGAGACUCCGGUUCGCCAAACCUGAACUAAUCAAAACACAACUCAAUUACAUAAUAGACGGAUCAAAAACAUGCAAUUCAUGUCCGCAAAUGCAAUUCGGGUCAAACAAAUGGGAUAAAAUGAAUAUAACAUUUAGUGAAGACUGUUUGGUAUUAAACAUAUGGACACCAAAUGCGGGCAAUAAUAACACAAACAAAUCACAGCUCAAACCCAUUAUGUUUUACAUACACGGCGGGGGACUAACGAUGGGAUCAAUAUUUUAUAUGCCUAUUGUUAAUGGGAGUGUUUUGGCCACACAUGAUGUGAUGAUUGUGACCGUCAACUAUAGGUUAGGCAACUUUGGUUGGCUAUACGGCGAUCGGGAGGACGCGCCCGGAAAUGUCGGCUUUUAUGACCAGUUAUUGGCUCUCAAAUGGGUUAGAGAAAAUGCUCAUAAGUUUGGCGGAGAUAGGGAUCGGAUCACCAUUUUUGGUAUGAGCGCCGGGAGUUGGUCGGUGUCCGCACACAUACUC